ACCACAAAUACAAUUAAUUAAUUACCUCUUCCUAGCAAUAAAAAUGUUUAUGUCUAUCUUCAGCCACUUUGAGAUCUCGCAGGCCCAGAAAUGGUGCUUUUCCUUCGGUAUGGGCCCAGCAAAUAAUGUCAAUCUAAAGCCCAAUACGGAAGCCACUUCCUCAUCCGUCGCCACCACCGCCAAAGAUCCGAAAACAAUAAUACCCGCUGGAGACAAGCUAAACCCGACCCGUUUGCGACCAAGGUUUGCUCCAGAGUUGGAUGGCCUACACUGCUUUGAAUGCAUCAUACCGUACUGAGUCAUGGAUUCAAAUCAACUCCAAUCUAAAUUCGCUAUGUGCAACAAUUCCAUUCUAUUUAUUUUUUUGAUGUAUAGUAUCAUCAAUAGUCUACAAAUAUUAAGCUCUUAUUUUUAGUGACUUCAAAUUAUGUUUACCAAUAAAAUGUAAUUACUGCUAAUGUCAAAUAAUAAACUGGCUUAAAUUUACCUUUUCCUUCACUAUCAUUUACCUAAUAUUUUUUUAAUUCAUUUUUAUUAUUGUGAUUUCUUAAAGCUUGGAAAAAUCAGUGGCUUGGUACAGCAGUAACACAUAUAGAAUAAAAGAAGGCUUUCUUUGGCAUAUUCGUUGCAUU